AUGGUGAAAGCUUUAGCAUUCUUUAGUGUGUUUGUAGCCAUUUUGGCUAUAACCAAAGCUGCUGCUGUGGCGUCAACUGCAUGUGAGACGACGCCAGCUCCUCCAUGCACAGCGACAACGCUUCUACCUACAACUACAACUUGUUCAACAACAACUUUAACAACUAUCACAACAACCCCAACAACUACAACGACGUGCUCAACAACUGUCUCAAGAACAACAUCCGCAACAACUCGUCCAACUACAACAACCACUGUUCCAACAACAACAACAACCACUGUUCCAACAACAACCACCACUGUUCCAACCACAACGACCACGUGCUCAACAACGACGACCACUGUCCCAACAACAACAUCCGCAACAACUCGUCCAACUACAACAACCACUGUUACAACAACAACCACAACUGUUCCAACAACAACCACCACUGUUCCAACAACAACCCCCACUGUUCCAACAACAACGACCACAUGCUCAACAACGACGACCACUGUCCCAACAACAACAACCACAACAACUCGUCCAACCACAACAACCACUGUUCCAACAACAACCACCACUGUUCCAACAACAACCACCACUGUUCCAGCCACAACGACCACGUGCUCAACAACGACGACCACUGUUCCGACAACAACCACCACAGCAACUCUUCCAACCACAACAACCACUGUUCCAACAACAACAACCGCAGUACCGACCACAACAACCACUGUUCCGACAACAACAACCACUAACCCAACAACAACAACAACGUGCUCAACAUCGACGACCACUGUCCCUACAACAACAACCACUGUUCCAACAACAACAACCGCAGUUCCGACCACAACAACCACUGUUCCGACAACAACAACCACUGUUGCGACAACAAGUACCACUGUUCCAACAACAACAACCACGUGUUCAACAACGACGACUACUGUCCCGACAACAACGACCACAACAACUCGUCCAACCACAACAACCACUGUUGCGGCAACAACAACCACUGUUCCGACAACAACAACCACGUGCUCAACAACGACGACCACUGUCCCUACAACAACAACCACCACAACAACUACUGUUCCGACAACAACAACCAAAACAACACGUCCAACCACAACUACUGUUCCAAUAACAACCACUGUUCCGACAACAACAACCACUGUUCCAACAACAACAACCACUGUUCCAACAACAACAACCACGUGCUCAACAACGACGACCACUGUCCCGACAACAACAACCACUGUUCCGACAACAACCAAAACAACACGUCCAACCACAACUACUGUUCCAACAACAACCACUGUUCCAACAACAACAGCCACGUGCUCAACAACGACGACCACUGUCCCGACAACAACAACCACAACAGCUCGUCCAACCACAACAACUCGUUUAACCACAACAACCACUGUUCCAACAACAACAACCACUGUGCCAACAACAACCACCACUGUUCCAGCAACAACAACCACGUGCUCAACAACGACGACUAUUGUCCCGACAACAACGUCCACAACCACUGUUUCAACAACCACAACAACUCGUCCAACCACAACAACCACUGUUCCAACAACAACCACCACUGUUCCAACAACAACAACCACGUGCUCAACAACGACGACUACUGUCCCGACAACAACAGCCACAACAACUCGUCCAACCACAACCACAACUGUCACCACAACAACAACAACAGCCACGUGCUCAACAACGACAACCACUGUCCCAACAACAACAACAACGGCUUGUACGGCAACAACUAAACCACCAUGUACCACGGUAACUCCACCAUGCCCAAGCUCUGCAGCCAUCAAUGCCAAUAGCCAACAAAUUCCAAGCUUAUCGAAGGAACAGACAUCAUCAGAAUCAGUAACUGUAAAUCGGGAUAAACACAUAGAGACAGCUUGUUUGGAUAAAGUCAACGGAUUCUUGUUACCUUCAUUGAGAAAUUGCAACGAUUACUAUAUUUGCCGCAAUCGCGAAGCUGUGAAGGUCAGUUGUGGCAAUCUGCAUUUCAAUCCAUUAAGAGGUCUUUGCGACUAUCCAGAAUAUGCUGGAUGUAUCCGAAAUGCUUUUACGAAAGCUUAA